AUGGCCCCUGCUCCCCUUUCCACCCCUCCUCCCUCUUCUACAUCCUCCCCGGCAGCAGCCGCCUCGGUCGCCGGCGCCCCAUCCCAACUUCCUUCGUCCCUCUCUUUCAACUUCCUCCUUCCGCCCACACAGCCGUUGCCAUCGUGCCUGCCGCCUGAUCACCAUCCCGAGCCGAUUGUACAGGUGGGGAGGGUGCGGCUGUUUGAUUUCAUGCCUUACGAAGGGGCUCCGAGUGGCACUUAUCUUAGGGCUGUGGAGGCCUUAUGGCGGUCACUGACGAGGCACAACGCGGUCGUGAUCGAGCUGGGGAAUGAGGACGAAGUGGUGAUGCGGUGCGCGCUGGAGUCAGCGCGGAUGUUUUUCAAGGCUCGAGCGCAAUGUGGGAGCGGUGGGGGAGGUGGGAACUGGGGGAAGUCGGGGCGUGGGUUCUACACUUAUCGCGCUGGAAGAGCCUUGGAAGAUGGAGACCUGUCACCUGCUUGCAUGAGUGAUGCUUUUAGGUGUUUGAGCAGGGUAGCUCGAUCAUCGCUUUCUUCAAUAGCAAAACAUCUUCGUCUGCGAAGCGAUGUUUUCAACCAUUUGCUUGAUGAUAUACCAUUGCCUGUCAACGAGGUCUCUUCAUCAGUGUUGGUAGCAACCUAUUCUCAUCCCUCCUUACUGAAUUGUAAGGGUUCGUUAGGAGGAAAAUCUUUAGUCAGUGAAGUCGAGAAAGGAUUGUUAACAGUCAUUGCUUCUGACCAUCCUGGCAUCCAGGUUUGUGACCCAAAUGGCCAUUGGUACCUAGCAGAUAAAGGUUCUACUCCUUCAGACUUGUUGCUACUCACUGGAAAGGCACUAAGUUAUGCUACUGCUGGCCUUCGUGCUGCAGGUUCUUAUAGAGUUGUUUCCGACUACAGCUCUGGUGGAAGGGCAUCAUUGACAUUUAGACUAAUGCCGCAAGCCAAUGCUAUCCUAGACUGUUCUCGAAUAGCUGCAGCUGGUCAUGUGAUUCCACAAGGUUACCAACCCAUUUCUGUGAGCCAGUUUAUGGAUGACUUAUCUGCAGAAGAAGAUAUCAUGUACAACCCUUCUGAUAUUGCAUGUGAAGUUCAGAAUAGCGUUGCAUGUGAGCCUUCAUUAAGAAGUGUCCUUUCGGAUCCUUUAUCCGGGGCGUUCCUUGAAGAUGCUGUAGUUGUUUCUUGUGGGCAUUCAUUUGGUGGCCACAUGCUGAAGAAAGUCUUGGAGAUGGCAAGAUGCACUAUUUGCAAUGCAGAAAUUGAUUCUGGGUCCUUGAUUCCUAAUUAUGCUCUUAGAGCAGCAGCAGUAGCGGUGAGAAGUGAAGAUGAAAGAAGAUUAUUUCAUAAUACCUCUCUCAGAAAACGUAGGAAGGAAGGGGGUGAACACAUGGACCAUCCAACAAAGAAACCAGGAAAGGAAAAUGGUGAGAUCGAUAUUGAUGGUCAUUCUGCCAGGCAUUUAAAAGGCGUUCAGUUUCCUUUUGCAGUUAACGAGAAAGUUCUUAUUAAGGGCAACAGGAGAACACCUGAUAAGUUUGUUGGAAGGGAAGCGGUUAUUACUUCACUGUGCUUGAAUGGGUGGUAUCUCCUCAAGAUUCUCGACAGCGGAGAGAGUGUUCGACUUCAAUACCGAUCUCUUCAGAAACUACGAAAUCUUCAAGUUGAUGAUGGAGCACAGCCAUUAAUGCUGCUUCAGAGUAACAGUUGAUAGAAAUCCCAGAAUCUUUCUUGUUCACUCUCACACGUAAUUUCUGUAUUUGCCCUUGUAAAUGCUGUGGUCUUAUCUCCUGUAAAUGCAAAUGUUUGUUUUAAGGUUUUUACCCUUGAGGAAAGAGAUGAAACUCAAGGGAAAGUAUGGGAGUAUUCAGAAAGGAAACUCAAACAGUGAGUUGGUAAGAUAUUUGAAGAGCUGUACAGAUCGAAUGAAUUUCUGCAGGAGCUGAAGAAAUACCUUUUGUUGUUGAUAUAGCCUCUGCUAUAAAAUAUCAAAUUAUGUAAUACAAAAACAUGCAAUGAUGCCGAAAGGGGAGGAAGUUGGAUUUAUGAUGUGCAGGUAGUGUUUUCUACAUGUUGAUCUACUUUAUUUAUGCUUCAAUGGUCUGUUUUGUUAAUAUCAUAUUUAUUAGAUGGGGGAUUUACAUAGAUGUCAUUGAAUUA